AUGCCUCAGAAAUGUCAACUUUGGAAUUUGACCUCUUACUUCUGCUACUAACUUUCACGCUGGUAAUAGAUAUGUUUCACCACAAUGAUGAGAUUUUAUUGGCUAUUGCUACAGAUUAGACUUCCCAUCCUUUGAUCUUGUUUUUAUUUAAGACAGAAGCACAGUGUUUAAUGUACGUGUGGAUUCAAAACUUGAGGAAGUAUAAAAUAAGGAGACGCACUUCCACCUAACUUGACUCAGCGAUUAUUUUCCCAUGAAAACACUACAAAACAAAUAUAAUGGAGAUGACAAGUGCACCCCUUUCUUCAACAACCACAAGAGUGGCACCUGGUUUCACAAAUAAAGCCUUGGAAACAGCUGAUAUUGUGGUUUUAGUACUGUACUUUAUAUUCGUCCUAGCUGUUGGACUCUGGUCUAUGUGGAAAACAAAAAGAAGUACAGUAAAAGGCUACUUCUUAGCCGGCAGGAACAUGGUCUGGUGGCCUGUGGGAGCAUCUUUAUUUGCUAGCAAUGUUGGAAGUGGACAUUUCAUUGGUUUGGCCGGAUCUGGGGCAGCAUCAGGAAUAGCAGUUGCAGCCUAUGAACUGAAUGGAAUGUUUAUUGUUCUGCUUCUGGCCUGGUUAUUUCUUCCUAUUUAUAUAGCAGCACAGGUCACAACAAUGCCAGAAUAUUUGAAGAAACGAUUUGGAGGCAAGAGAAUUCAAAUGUUCAUAGCUAUUUUGUAUUUGUUCAUCUAUAUAUUUACAAAGAUCUCAGUUGAUAUGUAUGCAGGGGCAGUUUUCAUCCAGCAAGCUCUGCACUGGGAUCUCUAUAUUGCAGUGAUAGGCUUACUAGCACUCACUGCAGUAUAUACGGUAGCAGGAGGGUUAGCAGCUGUAAUAUACACCGAUGCUCUGCAGACAGUGAUAAUGCUUGCCGGUGCACUGAUCCUUAUGGGAUUUAGUUUUUAUGAAGUUGGUGGGAUAGACGGCCUUCAGGUCAAAUAUUUUGAUGCCGUUCCUUCAAUUCGUGAUACGAACACUAGCUGUGGCAUUCCAAGAAAAGACGCAUUUCAUCUGUUUCGAGAUCCUGUUACUUCUGACCUUCCAUGGCCAGGUGUGCUUGUUGGAAUGACAAUCCCUUCUAUCUGGUACUGGUGCACAGAUCAGGUCAUUGUUCAACGGUCUUUGUCUGCUAAGAACCUGAGCCAUGCCAAAGGUGGUUCACUGCUUUCUUCCUACCUGAAGGUUUUACCACUUUUCAUGAUGGUAAUGCCAGGAAUGAUUAGUCGCAUACUAUAUACAGAACAAGUUGCAUGUGCAGAUCCACAUAUCUGCAAGCAAGUCUGCAUGAAUCCCUCAGGAUGUUCUGAUAUUGCGUAUCCAAAGCUUGUUAUAGAAAUUCUUCCUCAAGGUUUACGGGGCCUGAUGAUGUCAGUAAUGAUAGCGGCACUCAUGUCCUCACUAACCUCCAUCUUUAAUAGCGCCAGUACCAUAUUCACCAUCGAUUUGUGGCGCCACUUUCGACCUCGGUCUUCAGAGUGGGAACUCAUGAUUGUUGGAAGGGUAUUUGUAUUGGCAUUAGUAUUGGUGUCCAUUGUCUGGAUCCCCCUCGUUCAAGCCAGUCAAGGAGGCCAGCUUUUUAUAUACAUUCAGUCUAUCAGCUCCUAUCUCCAGCCACCCGUGGCUGUGGUCUUCAUGAUGGGUUGCUUCUGGAAAAGAACUAAUGAAAAGGGUGCUUUCUGGGGUCUUGUUGCUGGACUAGCAGUGGGUUGUAUCCGAAUGAUACUAGAUUUUAUUUAUACAGAGCCACCCUGUGGUCAGCCAGACAACCGUCCUUUGGUGGUGAAGCAUGUUCACUAUCUUUAUUUCUCUAUAAUCUUGUCAGUUCUCACAUUGUUAAUUGUGAUGAUUGUGAGCCUAUCGACAGAACCACCAUCUCAAGAAAAGAUCAGUCACCUGACAUGGUUUACCCGCUUUGAUGAAUUUACUGAACCCACUCAGCAGACAGAAAGCCCUCCAAAUUCCAAGGAAGAGAAUGGUCCAUCUAAUACUAAUAGCACAAUCCCCAUAUCAGAUGCCAGUGAAGAGUCUCGCAAAGAAGGGACACUAAAUGAAACCACAAAGUGUGCCACACUGAAGAAGAUAGUUCUCUGGAUCUGUGGAAUGGAGAAAACAGAAGAAAAUAAUCCAUCUGAAAAUGUGCCAGCACCCAAGCCGGACGUUUCAAUACUGCAUGAGAAGCCGCUGACUAGGGCCCUUCUUAAUGUGAACCUGAUUAUUUGCAUGUGUGCUGCCAUCUUCCUGUGGGCAUUUUUUGCAUAACAAAGCAACAUUGCUGAACUGGAACUUUAGGACUGAGAUUUACCAUUCCUCAGAAAUAAUGAUCUAAAACAAUGAGUGAGAAGGUCACUGAAAAACCAAUCAGUAAAAACAAAAUGAAAAC